CGGGCCGUUGUAACCCCGGGAACCAAACCGUUCCAUUGAAUUGAACCCCCCCCGUUCCGUCAUUCGACCUUCCCCCAACUCCAACCCGCUCGUUAUCUGCAACUGAUAGAGAUGGAUGUAGCGUACGACCACAUUCAGGAGGAGAUCUUCUCCUCCAACGAUUCCUCGAAGAAGGAAACUGACCAGAACGAGCCCGCCAAGACGGAGCGCUCCAACGUCGACCUCAACGCCGAGCUCCAAGAAACAUUCCGCGCCUUCUCCGCCAGUCCCUGGGGUGCACGCAUCGGUGGACUAUGGGAUAACGUCCGCAAGCAGAGCGAGAGCUAUUACGAGGGAGCCCGUCAAGAAUAUGCCGCUGCGAGCGAGGAAGCUGUCAAGGGCUUCUCUGACUUGAGGAGCAGUCUUGUUGGGCGCACGCGGGGUCUGUCCCUCAGCACGGCAUUUGGCUCAGGGGCUACUGGAGCAGGGGCCACCACCAGCCAGGACGAGACGUCUACGCCGACCGGGGCUGCCUCCAAGCCAGAGACCGAUACUGCUGCAUCUUCGACCGAGGGGGAGAAGGGGCUCGAUGCGGGGGCUGCCUCUUCGGCCUCGAAACCGGGCGAGGGGUUUCUCUCUCGCUUCAAGGCCGAGGCGGCUCGCCGGCUGAAGGAGAUUGAGAAGGCAGAGGAGGCGGCCGACGAGGCCAUCCUGCGCUUUGGCAUGAACAUCGGCCAGAAGUUGCGCGAGGCGGUCAGCAUCGUGCCGCCGAGCAGUGACGCCUCCGGCGAUAAGCUUCUCUUUGAGAGCAAGGAUGCGGAGGGCAAGCGGGUCAUUCACGCCACGCGCUUCGAGGCCCAGCUGCAUGUGAUCCAUUCCACGCUGGAGAGCUUCACCAAUGACCCGGUCAGCGAGCUUUGGCCUGCGUUCCAGACGGAGUUCAAGAUUGCGGAGAAGACCGAUGCGAUCGCGGCGGAUCUCGAGAAGUACCCUGAGCUGCGCUCGGCUAUGGAGAAGCUCGUCCCGGAGCAGGUCGAGUAUGCAACCUUCUGGUGCAGAUAUUACUUCCUCCGUCUGGUCAUUGAGACUGAGGAGCAGAAGCGCAAGGAACUCCUGCAAGGUGCAACCGUCGUCGACGACGAGGAAGUCAAGUGGGACGAUGACUCCGACGAGGAGACCGACUCCCCUUCCACCCCUCAAGUCAAAUCCAACACCGCUGCCACCGCCGCCGGCACCACCACUACCCAAACCGCCACCCCCGUCCCUGCUGCUGUUACCACCACCGCUGCCGCAACUACAGCUAUCGCGAAGCCCGCCAACCCAGCCGAACCCCGUCGCUCCAACGACCAGCAAUCGCAACCGGACAGCGAAUCCAGCUACGACCUCGUCAGCGGAGCCACCAGCCGCACCCCCGCGAGCCCCAAGGAGAAGCCCAAGGACGACGACAGCGACGACGACUGGGAGUAAAACGUCGUUCGUCGUCGUGUAAUCUCAGUAGCCAUGAUUUCUGCCCUCCCCCUAAAUCGCUGUUCCUGGGGGACUAUGUGUCCCGUGGAAUCGAAGCGACCUGCUCACAAGCUCUUCCUACAUCAACCGCGUACAUCUGACCGCUGGCUGGUCCGAAGGAUUUGAAAUCCCUUCAUAAUCCCCUCCUCAUCCUUACCUAGUACUUUUGCAAGGAGUUACGGGGUGUCCCCUUGCCAAUUCCACUUUCUGUCUCUGAUGGCGUUAGGAUUUCCGUCGAUAUCAUAUCUCUUUCUUACAAUCAUGGUCACGUAUUUACCCAUCUAUCUUUAGUUAUCCUUGCUAGCUACUCGUGCGGCCCAACUAGGGGUCCUAUUUCCUGCUCUGUUCUAGUAUUCUCAUG